CUGGCUGCUGCUCUCGGGCCUAAUGAGACGUUUCGAGGCGGGGCCGGCUCGACUCUCCUUUCUCGGGACGGGCGGCGUGAGGAUAUUAGGAUGGGCGUUAAGUAGGGGACGGCCUGCUUAGAGAAGACGGGGGAUGGCAGUGACAGGGCCUCGGAGGUUCUGGGUGCCGCUUCCUCCACCGCCUGGCAACCUUUCGUGGCUCAGGGGGGCCUGAGAAGUGCCUUCUGUUCCUCCGCCAGUCCUCCUGGCGGAGGCUGGGCAAGCAGACGAACUCUUUAGGAAAUGGCCUCUUCUAAAUCCUUAUUGAAUUUUCUGACCUUUACUUUUGGAUCAGCAAUUGGAUUUUUCUUGUGUUACCUGCUGUUUAGUGUAGUAUUGGAAGAACAAGUUAAAGUUGAGCCUCAUAUCCUUUACAACGAUCCUCAUGGCCAUCACUCAGAUGAUGAUGAAAGGAAUCAGCUAAAAGGGCAAAUGAAUUUUAAUGCCGAUGCUGGGCAACAUAAAGAUGAAAAUAAAAAUAUUGCUGAAGAACUGUACCAGAAGGUAAGGAUACUUUGUUGGGUGAUGACUGGACCUCAAAAUCUGGAAACAAAGGCCAAACAUGUCAAAGCUACUUGGGCUCAGCAUUGCAACAGAAUACUGUUUAUGAGCUCUGAGGAAAAUAAAGACUUCCCAACAGUGGGGUUGGAAACCAAAGAAGGCAGGGAUCAGUUGUACUGGAAAACCAUUAAAGCUUUUCAGUAUGUACAUGAUCACCAUCUUGAUGAAGCAGACUGGUUCAUGAAGGCAGAUGAUGACACAUACGUUGCACUGGACAACUUGAGAUGGCUUCUUUCAAAAUACAGCCCUGAACAACCAAUUUAUUUUGGAAGAAAGUUUAAGCCUUUUGUAAAACAGGGCUACAUGAGUGGAGGUGCCGGCUACGUGCUCAGCAAAGAAGCUCUGAAGAGAUUUGUGGAUGCUUUUAAAAACAACAAAUGUACUCAUAGCUCUUCCAUUGAAGACUUGGCAUUAGGCAAAUGCAUGGAGAGUAUUAAUGUAGAAGCUGGAGAUUCCAGGGAUCCAACUGGCAAGGAGACUUUCCAUCCAUUUGUGCCAGAACAUCACUUAAUGAAAGGAUACCUACCUAGAACUUUUUGGUACUGGAAUUAUAACUAUUAUCCUCCUGUAGAGGGUCCUGGCUGCUGCUCUGACCUGGCAGUCUCUUUUCACUACGUUGAUGCCACCACUAUGUAUCAGUUGGAAUAUUUAAUUUAUCAUCUGCGUCCUUAUGGUUACCAAUUCAGAUACAAUCCUGAUUCUCCUAAGGAUCAAGAAAAGAAAAACUUAAGUGAUGCAGCAACGGGUGAUGUGAAAUCCAAAGGUGAAGUGGACAAGCCUCUGAAAGCCUCUAAAUAAAAUGUUUGGUAGUGCACUGAAGACUCCUUAUGGAAUGCUGAACUAAUACAUUUAGCUUACAAUGGCUAGAUGGAUUUGCUAAAUAAUUAUAACGUGUUCCUUCAAGUGGCCAUAGCCAGCAGGUGCUUCUUUAAUCAUGCUGGAAGCAAGAACAUUUCACGUGCCAUGGAACUGCAAAGCCAAGUUCAUAAAGCUUAGUAGUAAGCAAUCAAAUCUCCUUACUUUUGAUUCAAUGAUGUAUGCACACAAACCUUAUAUUGAAAUAAAUAUCUGUUGUCCAGAUUCACCCAUGAUAUGCAGUAUUUUAGCUGUUUUUAUCAAACAAUGCUUUGUGUUAAUUCUUUGAUACCUUCAAUUAGUUACAUCAUAUACCGAUGGGUUCUUUGCUAACGAGAUUCAAGUGUGAAGUAUUUAAUUAAAAUCCUGACAAAGUCAACAGUCAAGAAAUAUGCCAAAGUUCAACAUUUCGUUCUAAUAUUGAAAUGUUGGUGAAUAUGUUUGUUUUUAGUUUCAUAUAUUGCAGGGCUGAGUUGUGUUUGAGCUGUGGCUGAAGGUUAGGUGGAAACUUGGAUGAACAUCUUGAGCUCAUUAUCAGAAUAAGCACAGUUUCGCUAAGUGAACUAAUUAAAUAUAUCCAAAUAUAUUUAUUAUGCUUCAUCUGGAAAGUUGAUUACUAUGAGAAUUACUGUGCUUCUACUAGAGGAAGUAGUAAACUGUGCAUAGCCCCAUGUUAAUGCUGGUUUAAUGUUGACUCCCUUUUUUUAAAAAAAAAGUUUUUUCUUUGUUUAUAGAACUGGACUUGCACCAUAAUAGGUACUGUUUAAAUUAAAAUGCGAGAUCAUGUUGCAUGUCGAGAAUUUUGAGUGUUUCUUAGUUUCCAUUUAGGAUUAGAUGACUGUCAUUAUUUAGUUCAGCUUUAACAGUGUUCUUAUGUCUUGUAGCAUCCUUUUGGUUAGUUUAAAACAUGAUUUCCCUGUGUAUCUCAUAUUAUCUUGCUGUUGUGUUAGGUCAUCUUUAAAUGGAUAUCUCUAGCAACAGAAGAAGGAGCUGUGUACUUGUGCUAAACUAUUAAUUAUAGUGCAAUUUUCUUGUAGCCAUUAUGCUCUCACACUCGACAUACAAUGUACUGAAUGCGCCUAUUUUUUUUUCUUGUUGCAAUAUUAAGACACAGUAGCUUUGCUAAAGUGAUCAAGUAAGGCUUGCUUUUUAUCUGCCUUGAAUUCAUCAUAUUGAUGAUAAAGUUAUUAUUACUUGAUGGUGUUUGCUAGUUAGAAAUCUUUGCCAAGUAUCGAAAACUCAUUACUGUUUGCUUUUUCAGUGAAUUGGGGCACUGGAGCAUUACCACUGUCCUACGAAAUUGUUUACUUCAAGGUUUGCAUAUGCACUUCUGCCUCUCUCUGCUGUUUAGACAGGACAAUAUUGUUCUGUUCCCAAUGUUGCUCUUAAUCAAUGUUCAGUACAAUAUUAACAUUUCUUCAUAGCUAAGUAACCUUUAUGUCACAUGAAUAUAACAUACCAGAUGUUUUCUUAUUUAUGCUAUAAAUCUCGCUUGUAGAGGAGUUCUGAAAACUGGAAUUAAAAGAAUGGUGAAAAUG